AUGAAGCGAGAGCGCCUGCGCACGGGGAGCGCCUACACUUCUGCGCCGACUGAGUGGGCACGACUGUGUAACUGCCGGACGGCAGUUCCGGAGCUCGGCUUCAAGAGGCUCAUCAGGAGAAAGGGCGUGGAAACCACCGGGAUCUUGAGACCCGUCACCAUAGAGGACCCGCUUCCUAAGGAGAAGGAGCAGCAGGAUUCUUCCAAAGAGAGGAGUCCUUGCGGUACAGGAGUUGACAUCUACCAUCUGGGCGCCCUGCAGUGCGCCCGCUGCCUCAUCUUCGCUAACUCCAAGUUCCAGCAGCAUCACAUGAAAUGGGAGCACCCAGCAAGCACAGCCCAGAAGCUGCAGGGGACCCUCUUCAUCUGCUUCACCUGCAGCUGCUCCUUCCUCUUAUCCAAGGCCCUGAUCACCCACCAGCGCAGCCAUGGUCCCACCACCAGGCCCUCCCUGCCGGCUGUACCACCACUGCUCAGCCCACCUUCCUCUGUUCUGACUGGCAGGACCUUUAGGCAGGCUUCUCUGAGGUGGCACUGCCAGGUGAGUGAGGCCCACACCCCUCCUGGCCUCUGUGCUUGCACAGAGUGUGGGCAGGACCUUGCCCGGGAAGCCGGGCUGCAUCUACACUACAUCCGGCAUGCCCGUGGGGAGCUUGGAGUGCAGCUUCAGCCCUCCCUAGGGCAUUGGGGGUUCUAUGGCUGGUGGAACCCUCUUCUGAUACAGGAUGGGCCCUUGGAAUUUGCUUUCCUCCCAGGAAAGGCAAAGGGCUAUUGAGAAGUAGGGCCCAGAAGAUGUUUCUCAUUUAGAGCUUCAGUUUUUGGAGAACAGAAAGGCCUUUGGGGAAUCAGGGAAACCAGACAAUAGUCAGAUGUUUUGUUUAAAAAAAAAAAAAAAAAAGAGUAAUAUCCCUGGCUGGUGUGGCUCAGUGGAUUG